CAGAUAUAGAUAUAAUCAAAAAUCAAAUAUAUAUAUAUAUAUAAAAGCAACUAUUUCCAAACCCUAAAAACGAAUCAAUUUCAUUUCAUUUUCAGGAGGUGAGAAAAGAAUCUGAAAAUGGCGAUGGCUGCUCUGAGGAAAGAAUCAAGACGUUUGGCUCCUCUGAUUUCAUCAUCUCCAAAUCCUGCCACCAAUGCAUUCCGAUCCACUGCUCUUUCUCCCUCUCAGGAGCAGGUGGGUCUUGGGGUUCGCUCCAUAUCAACCCAAAUUGUUAGAAACCGUAUGAAGAGUGUUAAGAAUAUUCAGAAGAUUACAAAGGCCAUGAAGAUGGUUGCAGCUUCAAAGCUGAGAGCAAUUCAAGUUAGAGCUGAGAAUUCCCGUGGAUUAUGGCAGCCAUUUACUGCUCUUCUUGGCGACACUCCAAGUGUGAAUGUCAAGAAGAAUGUGAUUGUCACUAUUUCUUCAGACAAGGGUCUUUGUGGUGGUAUCAACUCUACAUCCGUGAAGAUAAGCAGAGCCCUUUACAAGAUCAACUCUGGUCCUGAAGCAGAAAGUAAAUAUGUGAUUUUGGGAGAAAAGGGAAAGGCUCAACUUAUCCGUGACUCUAAGAAAGACAUUGAGUUGACUAUGACUGAGUUGCAAAAGAAUUUUCUUAAUUACACCCAGAUAUCCGUAAUUGCAGAUGACAUUUUGAAGAAUGUUGAGUUUGAUGCGUUGAGGAUUGUAUUUAACAAGUUUCAAUCGGUUGUUUCGUUUCUGCCUACAACUGCAACUGUGUUGUCUCCUGAGAUUGUGGAAAGAGAAUCUGAAGCGGGGGGGAAGAUUGGUGAUUUGGAUUCAUAUGAAAUUGAAGGUGGUGAAACCAAAUCAGAAGUUCUUCAGAAUCUAUCUGAAUUCCAGUUUUCAUGUGUAAUGUUUAACGCAGUUUUGGAGAAUGCGUGUAGUGAGCAAGGAGCUCGGAUGUCUGCCAUGGACAGCUCUAGCAGAAAUGCUGGUGACAUGCUUGAUAGGCUUACACUCACAUACAACAGGACUCGUCAAGCAUCGAUCACUACUGAACUCACUGAAAUUAUUUCUGGAGCAUCUGCAUUGGAGGGUUAAGUGUUGUGAUUUUCUGACACCUUCAUUGCAAAUGCCGGAGGGUAACAAAAUAAAACUAUACUUUGUUGAAAUUCUCAAAUAAUCUGGGCUUGGCUAACUUCUUUUAUCAGGGGCAAAUCUGUCUUUUUGCAGUUAAGUUUAUUGAGGUUUUCUCGUUGUUGUGAACGGCUUUGAGCCGGUUUGAUAUGCAAUGUUGUUCAUGUAUGUUGAUUAUUGAUGUGAUUUCUUAUAUGCUGCACAAUUCCAUCAUUGUACUAGAUUGUGCUGAAAAAGAUUUCAAUUUAUAAAUGAAGCUGAGCCUGGGAUCA